CAAAUUGUAACACACACACAGCACACGAACAAAUCUCGCUUUGCGGUUGCCCUUGCUCACUGCAGCUGCUUCUAGCUCCGGGGCCUCCCCCCCGCGCUUCGUUUUCGCUGUUCCGACCCCUACAGACAUUCAGAAUCAAUAGCACUACUACUUUUGGGCACUAUCGGGCCAGCGCGCUCCCACUUUGGGCUGAGUUCCGUCGCUGACCAAUUUGUUGAGGCAGCAGCCUGCACGAUCGCCCUGGCCCCGUUUUGACGGCGAUUAUUAGUUAUCAGGAGCAAUGGCUCACACAAGGGUGCUUCUGGCCUGAGGCCUUCGGCGCAGACUCGGACUCAGUAAUUUCGCCAAGGCCAACCAUGUCCGCGAGCCCUGAUGAUGGCGCCAGCUUUCGCCUGAAGAGGUCCCUCACGCUAGACCCCUCUGGACUCACGGCUACUGAGAGUGGACUUCAGCUGCUGCAAGUGUGCUGUUCCUGCCCCCAGACGGCCGGUGACAAGCAGUCGACAGAACCUUGCGUAUCGUGCGCGACUGCUCGCAGCGCGUCUCCGCCCCCGACGCCCUUCGUGGCCCCAUCAGCGGUUAACCAGGACGUUGUUUCGGCGUUUGAGGCGGCACACAAGCUGGCGGUGGCUCCAGGCGAUUCUGUUUUCAGGAACCAGGACACAAUCAUCGAGACGAGCAGCUCAGAGGACGCGUGCGCGAGCUCUCAAACGCCUGCAGCUCAGCGCAUCAGUGGCACGCUCAGCACGCCGGCGCACGCAGGCGCCCUGGCGGUUGCUGCUGGAAAUGGCGAUGUUAAUAUUGUUGGCCGUGAGGCCAACCUCCAGCGCCAGUCUUCUGCAUGCCUUGGCGCCACUGGCAGCUGCCCGGCGCACGGUGUCAAGGCUGUGUGCGGGAAGCGGAACAAAAUGGAGGAUAUGUACGCAGUCCAGCCCAACUUCUUCGACAUCCCGCUGUCGCCAACCGCCGACGACCUGCAGGACAAGCUGCCCACGCGAAUUGCGAUACAGCUUGAGACGUCGGCGGAGUCGCCGUCCAGCAGCGCACCGCUGUCUCCGAACGGCGGGGGCGGGGGCAGUGGCGCCGCCGCGGGCGGGGGUGCGCAGCAGCCUGGCGCAGCGGCCGCGGAGGGCGACCAGAGCGUGACGUCCUACGGCACAGCUUCCGAUGCAGUAGGCAUGUGUGACACGCUGCACUUCUUCGGCGUUUACGACGGCCACGGAGGGUGUCAAGCCGCGGAGCACUGCGCACGGCGAUUGCACCAUCACCUAUCACGCUCCUUAGCGGCAGCGUGCGGCUGCCUGGUGACGGACGGCAACCAGCUGCUACAAGCGACAGAGCCCGACAGCAGUCAGGUGGACUGGUCCAUCAGCUCGUCACUGAUGCAGUCCGUAGCGAAGUUCGCCUGCCUGAACCUGAACGGCGGCAGCCAGGACCCCGUCGCGGCUGCGGCAUCUGCCGCCGCGGCUGCGGCGCACGUCAGCACGUCGCCGCCGGUGCCGCCGUCUGAGCGACCCGUGCGGCGGCCGCUGCUCGCCAAGUCCAGCGUCGACAGCGACAGCAGUGCGAGCUCAGCGCCGGACGAGCACGCGCUCUACCCGCUGCCGGAGACAGAGGCGGACGCCAUGUUCGACGCGGACAGCAGCGGUAGCAGCGGCAGUGACCGCUCGGACGGUGUCAGUGUGACGGUCCUGCUGGAGGAGGCGCUGAAGGAGGCGUUCCUGAAAACUGACGCAGAGUUCGCCAACGACGGCUGCGCAGCCAUGGUCGGCAGCACGGCGCUCGUCGCGCUGGUCGGAACUCGGAAAGUGUGGCUGGCCAACUGUGGCGACUCUCGCGCCGUCCUGUGCCGGAACGGCAAGGCUAUCCAACUAACGGACGACCACAAGCCGGAGCGUGAAGAUGAGGCGGAGCGCGUGGAGAAGGCGGGCGGCCAGGUGCUGUUCUGGAACGGGCACCGCGUCAUGGGCGUGCUGGCCAUGUCCCGCGCCAUUGGCGACCACGGGUUGCGGCCGUACAUCAUCCCGGAGCCGGAGGUGUCGGUGGUGUGCCGCACCGACGACGACGACUUCCUGCUGCUUGCCAGCGACGGCCUGUGGGACGUCAUGGCCAAUCAGGAGGCAACGAACCUGUGCAUCCGGUGCAUAAAGCGCGCUCGCGAGAAGGGCGCGUCCCGCAACGCGGCUGUGCGCAUCGCGGCGUCUGUGCUGACCAAAGCCGCCAUUGACCGCGGCAGCAAAGACAACGUGACGGUGGUCAUUGUUGACCUCCGCAACGACCGGCCAGGCGCGCCGCAGGCUGCGUGUCCGGGGAGCGGCGGCAGCGUGCCCGUUGACUGCCCCUGCGCUGAGGCGGCUGCCGCCGAGGACAAGGGCGGCUGCACUGCAACGCCGCCGCCGCCGCACCGGACAGUAGGCUGCUGCUAGACCCUACCUACACUUGCAAAUUGCGUAGCCUGGUGACCGGAGGUAGUAGCGGACGAUGCGUGCGCUGCGUGGCGGCGCGGUCACAAGCAGGUACGCGGCCUUCAGUUUCUUAUGAAUCGCAUGGGAGUGUGUGGUUCAUCCGUUUGGUUGCUGUGUUGUUUCUCUGGUGCUCCGCGGCGCUGUUGUGCUAGUGGCUCGGCGAAGCGGACGCGUGCGGCUGUUUUGGGCACUGACCGGUUAAAGUUGGGCAAGGCAUGCCUUUUCCGCCUAUGUAUUGCGGGGAGGCAGGGACUGAACAACGAGGUCAAGGGGCAUUGCACCCAAGAAGAAAAACAGGCUCACACGCGCACUCGCCGAGUACGUACAUUGCACUGAGGCGCUUGACGCGGAUACUGUCGCACGGCUGCGGCAUGGGGUCGCGAACGCGCGCCAUUGCGGCAUGGCCAAACCUGCACAUGAGAACAAGGAUAAGGCCGAACACGGGCUGCUGCGGCGAGUUCGCUAUGCAGCUCACUAGUAGGCCUCGCGCAACUGCACCUGGGGCGCCCUGCCUUAUUACUGCGCAGCGCCAACCAGGCGUGGGUCCAGUUAAGGCAAGCGGUCGUAUGGUAAGGUGGAUGGCUUGGAGCGUACAAGCGUGUGGGGCUGUGUGAUGUGCCAUGUUUUGAUGUGUUUUUGGUCCUGAGGCAGGAUGUGGGUCUGCUGUAGGGCGUGUCAACCAAGAAGGACUGAGUUGCCCCACAUGGGGUCAUGGUAGUUGUUUUACGCGUCUGUUUCGGGGUGGUGCGUGGUACCGUGAUGCCAUGUACAAGGAGACCUGAGCUACUGAUGGGCGGUGGGUGUGGGCAGGCGGAUCGGACGGUAGGCUGCCGCCGGUACCAGGGGAAAGCCCAAUAAGCAAUGGAGAGGCAGCACGGCCGCGGUAGCACAGAAAGGCUGAAGCUGCCUCAUAGUAUGUGCGGUUGUAGAGGCGGCAGAUACUUUCAGCUGGAGGUACUCAUUUUGCAAACCUGAACUGUCUGUUGCUCAAGACGGGCUUCACGUCACGGCGGUGAGGUGGUGGCCUGCAUGGUCACGCCACGUCGCCGUGCGUUGUGGUCCCGCGAGUGCACUAACACUGAAGCCUAUGUAUGCUUACAGACUUCCACGGCAUCACCAGCGCUUGGCGUGUGAGCACCAGGAGAAGUGCUCCCCUGGUGAGCACGAGCACAGCACACUGCCGCAGGCCAAGACCACGAGAGGAGGCGAGCCUCCCCACCCGGAUUGUCGAGGCGCCAGCCACGGUGCCGCAUGUCUGCGCGGCUGCGCGCUCGCUCAGGUGUGGGCCCACCAAGGCCCAUGGUUCUUGCCAUCUGCAGGGUCAGAGGGCUCCCAGCACUCGACAUUGCAAAACUGCGGCACGACAAGCGCACAAGGGCGCAGCAAGGGGCCUUGCAACGCCGCCACCGCCACCCCUGACCGCCACAUCCCUUGCCACAUCCCUUGCAUGUUCGCAUGGCGCCACAUCCCUUGCAUGUUCGCAUGGCAUGUUUCAUAGUCCCAAAGAGGUUAGGACCACAGGCCUGCGUGCUUGGAUGAGCCUGCGCAAUUGUCCCUUGCGAGUAAGCGACGUCUACGCCUACGACGCUAUUUGUCGUGCAACCCACUGGAUUCUGGAAUGCACCUGCUAUGCGUGCCGUGUGCACAGUCAUGAAGGUUUGGUCGCGCUGAAUUCCUUGCGGGCGUUUCUGGCUGGGUCCUGCUUGUGUGGGCGGAGCGCCCACCCCCAACUGGGAGUGGAAUUACCAUGCGCCUUCUCUGGUAGUUCUCCGCUAGUUACAGUAUUGGGUAAGCUCCCGGCGACAGCUUGCUGAGGUCUCUUGACCUGGGUGCUGGGCACCCUUGCUUGGUCGGACUGUCCCUUCUUUGGAAUAUCGCAACCUUGCUGAGUUGCGGGUUCGUGUUUUGUUGCGCAGCCCUGCAUGGCCGCAUGGGCCCUCUGUCGGCGCUGAAGCCCCACCUGGCCUCACCGGCGCACUGGGCCCACAGGCUGAGUUGCCAAUACCGCACGCCAACUUUAACAUGAUCAGUCCGU